GCGGCCGCCUCGCCCCUUCCCCGGCACCAUGUCCUUCUUCAGGCGGAAAGUGAAAGGCAAAGAACAAGAAAAGACCACAGAUGUGAGAGCAAUUAAAACUCCAAUACCAGUACAUUCCCCUCAAAGAAGCACUAGAAAUCAUGCCUUGCUGGAGGCUGCAGGACCAAGCCAUGUGGCAAUUAAUGCCAUCUCUGCCAACAUGGACUCUUUCUCUAGCAGUCGGACAGCUGCCCUUAAGAAGCAGCCAAGUCACAUGGAAGCUGCUCAUUUUGGAGACUUAGGCAGAUCGUGUCUGAAUUAUCAGGCCCAGGAGACCAAAUCAAGCCUUUCAAAGACCCUUGAACAAGUUUUGCAGGACAAUGUAGCCCUCCCUUAUUUUAUCCAGUUCAUGGAACUCCGUAGAAUGGAACACUUGGUCAAAUUUUGGCUAGAGGCCGAAAGCUUUCACUCCACGACAUGGUCCCGCAUAAGAGCACAUAGCCUGAACACAGUUAAGCAGAGUUCGUUGGCAGAGCCUGUGUCGCCCUCAAAACAGCAGGAAAUCGAGUCGUCUUCUCCAACUGGAUUGCUUGAAGAGAGACUGGACGAUUCUAGCACAGUCCAUCUGCUCAGGACCAAGCGAGUGGCUCCAGACAAGAGCGACAGAGCUGGCAGCAGCCAGAACCAUGUGCUGUCAGGUCAGGAGAGCGCUAAUACCAGUGUUCCCUCUCUGAGAAAACCUGAGACAGGGCCCCAUUCUGUUCCAGCCUCUCAGCAAGAAUCUUCCAAGCCUACAGUAUCAAAUAGAAACAGCCCCUCAUCUGCACUAAAGGACUUGUCAGGAAAACUAAUGAAAAGUAUAGAACGGGACGCAGUUAGUACUUUUACCAAAUAUAUUUCUCCAGAUGCUGCUAAACCAAUACCCAUUACAGAGGCAAUGAGAAAUGAUAUUGUUGCGAAGAUUUGUGGGGAAGAUGGUCAAGUGGAUCCUAACUGUUUUGUUACAGCACAGUCGAUAGUGUUUAAUGCAAUGGAACAAGAGCACUUUAGUGAUUUUUUGCGAAGUCAUCAUUUCUGUAAAUACCAGAUUGAGGUGCUGACUAGUGGGACUGUUUAUCUGGCUGACAUACUUUUCUGUGAAUCAGCCCUGUUUUAUUUUUCCGAGUAUAUGGAAAAGGAAGAUGCAGUUAAUGUUUUGCAGUUCUGGUUGGCAGCAGAUAACUUCCAGUCUCAACUUGCUGCCAAAGAAGGCCAGUACGAUGGGCAAGAAGCACAGAUUGAUGCUAUGAUUUUAUAUGACAAAUACUUCUCCCUUCAAGCCACGCAUCCACUUGGCUUCGACGACUCCGUGAGGCUAGAGAUCGAGUCCAACAUCUGCAGGGAAGGGGGUCCCCUCCCGAACUGCUUCACGACUCCCUUGCGGCAGGCCUGGACCACCAUGGAGACGGUUUUUCUACCUGGCUUCUUGUCCAGCAACCUGUAUUACAAAUACUUGAAUGAUCUCAUCCAUUCAGUACGAGGAGAUGAAUUUCCAGGAGGAAAUAUUGCACUGAGCAUUCAGGGCCCCACUAGCAAUCCUGAUAGUGACUCUCAGACGGGGGCCCCCGAUGGCUCUGCCUCUCAGUCCAAUGUCAAAAAGGCUAAUGUUAAAAUCCUGAAAAAUUUUGAUGAAGCAAUAAUUGUAGAUGCUGCAAGUCUGGAUCCAGAAUCCUUAUAUCAACGAACUUAUGCAGGGAAGAUGACAUUUGGGCGAGUCAGUGAUCUGGGACAGUUCAUCAGAGAAUCUGAACCAGAGCCUGAUGUCAAGAAAUCAAAAGGGUCCAUGUUUUCACAAGCAAUGAAGAAAUGGGUUCAAGGAAACACAGAUGAGGCUCAAGAGGAGAUGGCUUGGAGGAUAGCGAAGAUGAUAGUCAAUGACGUGAUGCAGCAGGCACAAUGUGAGCAGCCUUCGGAGAAGGCUACAAAGCUAUGAUUUUAAAUGCCGGAACAGGAAAUAUAAUUUUCUGCUUUGAGAACGAGUGAACUUUCCCGUUUGGUGGAUUCUUUAACACAGCCAAUAAAAGCAAAGCACUGUUACUACAUAAGCCGGUAUCUCCCUCAUUUAUAAGGAAGAAUUAAAAAGAAGCAAUCCUGUACCUCCACUGUAGAGAGCCAAGAAACACUUUGUCCUGUUGUGUAYGGCCUUCACAAUAAUGUUGGUUUUUAAGAGAGAUGAAGACACAGUUGUGAACAUGUCACUGAGAAACUGUGAUCAGCUUCACAAAUACUUGACCCUGUCUCAAAAAGACUUCUAAGCAAAAUAUCUGGAAUGGGACACAGGCCACACCAAGGAGGGGAAGGUUUUGCUGUAGUUUCGAGUUCUACUACUUGUAAUUUUUAAACACCUAAUUGCAAAGGCCAUGGGGAUAUCUCCCUGACACCUGACCACUGGAGAAGUGAACCUGAAGCCGCGAAUUCAUUGGCAGUGAAUGACCUUAAACGUUCUAAGUUUUAUUUCUCCUUACUUGAAAUAGAUGAGUAUUCAACUGUAAGAUAAAUGUAUUUUACUUCAUAAUUACAUUAACGUUGAAGGGAGCGUAGAAUGCUGAGGAGUGAAGCCUGGACAGUUUAACUCUUCCUCGUCAAGCGCUUACACACGUGCAGACGCCCCCAUUGCCCUUCCUGUCACUGGGGACCCCCACGCUGAUCUUCCCCUCGUGCAGCCCCCUCUUCCUGCACCCUUGCCCGAUGCAGCCCCCUUUUCAGGAGGUUGUACCCGUGCUCUGCUCCCUGUUCUUCCUCAURCCACAAAACCAAGGGAAAAUCAGCUGCUGCCCUUCUCCAUAGCUUGUUGUCCUCCAACCAAGCUAGCAUCUAAUUCCAGAUGUUUGGUUUAUAAAGAAAAAUAACUCCUAAUGGCCUCUGGCUUAUUUCCMCCUGAUGUUGACACACUUGGCACUUGUGUAACCUUUAAUUUGAGGAGAAAGUCACUGUGUCCCACAGCACCUCUCUUCUCUCCCAUCAAUUGAUUUUUGCACAGUCUCUGAAGUACGUGGUGUGUCACUCCAUUAUUUUAUGCCUACAUUUUUAGUAUACAACACUUCUAUUUUUUUAUUCUGCUCUUAUGAUUGUUCUUUUCCUCAAACUUGUGCAAAAAAAAUCACUUUGUAACAAGCCCAAUCAUCCUCAAUGUGCAAGCUGUGUUGAUUGACUAGCAAGAGUUAUUCUGUUGCAAUAUUUGAUUGUAUAGACACACUGUAUUAUCUAUGAAAGCAAAAAGGCUGUGUAUAGGUUUUUGGUACUAUGUACCACCUCUUAUUUCUCUCAUGCCCAAGUAUUCAUGUACUUAAAACAUACUCUAUUUAAUUGUGUUUUGAUUUAAAAUA